AUGGUAAUCACAGAAAUGGCUCGUAAUAGAAAUCGGAAGAAAAAGAUCUCUUUAGUAUUUGGAUGUGUUGUCCUACUUGUGCUUUUGACUAUACUAGGACUUAUAAACUUUAGACGGCGGGUGGUAAGGAAGAAGGUUCAUACUCAUAUUUAUGGGGUCAAAGAUCAAAAUCUCUAUGAAUCAAUGAAACUUACUAAUGGAAUGAGAGUGGUGGUAAUUAGUAAUCCGAUGGCAACUCAGGCGGCUGCUGCACUUUCUGUUGGUGCUGGAUUGAGUAAUGAUCCGGUUGAACAUCUUGGAUUAGCUCAUUUACUUGAACAUAUGCUGGUUAUGGGUAGUGAUAAGUAUCCAGAGGAAGACUACUAUGUUAAUUGGAUUAGAAGUAAAGGUGGGAGGUAUAGGGCACAGACUACUCUUUUUGAAACCAAGUACUUUCAUGCUCUGCCGGCCGAGUAUGGUAAAGAAGCCCUUUCUAUUCUUAGCCGGUUCUUUAUUGAGCCACGCAUGAGUGAAACUGUUCUGGAUCGGGAAAAGAAGGUAGUUGAUAGUGAGAUGAAAAGGAAUCUUACAGAUCAGAAUACACGUCGUCUUGUUCUAAUGAGUAAUUUCAUCAAAAAGACCCAUCCUAUGUCCAAGUUCAAUAUUGGUUCAGAAAAGACUCUAGCUAAGACAACUCGAGCUGAUUUAAUGAGUUUCUGGAAGUACCAUUAUACUCCUCGGAAUAUGACUCUGGCUAUUUUCGGCAAGGAGAGUCUGGAGGAGUUGAAAGGGUAUGCUACUGAGUUCUUUAGUGAUGUUAAGGAGUAUACAGAGGCUAAAUGGGAGUUUUCGGGUGAGCCUACUCUGAUUAAACCUACUACUAAACGUGAUCCUUUUGAUAAGUCUUAUGAUAUUGGAACUAAAGAGACAAGUGGUAAGAUUGUGUACUACCGACCGAAUGAAAGUAAGGAAUCUAGUACUCGGCUGACUAUUUACAUCUUUUUACCAGCAAUGCGGCUUGCUUAUCGGGAACAGACUUUACACUUUUUGAUCAAGAUGUUGGAGAAUGGUAAUAAGGGAAGUCUUAAUUCCAUUCUUUUGAAAAACAAUGUUACAUCUUCUGGUGACGUAUUUGCCCAAAUGGAAAGGGAUUCAACUUAUUUUGCUGUUUAUUACACUUUAAUUGAUGCUACUCCUGAGAAGAUUGCUAGUGUUUUGAAUUUGAUUGAAGGCUAUCUUAAGAUGAUCAAAGAAAAUGCCACUGAGAAGCUCUAUCAGAAAUACGCUAGGCUUAUGCAAAAUCAAAAACAGUGUAUUACUCCGGACGAUCAAUUACAAACCACUAUCCAAAUAGCUACUAGUUUGCCCUACCGUAAACUUAAGGACGUUUUCACUGGUGAUUAUGAUUGGACUAGUUUCAACAAAGAAGAUUUUGGGUUUAUCCUUAGUAUUAUGAUGGAUCGUUCUAACUGGCUAGUUAUGGUUGAAACUAGUACUCUUUUCUUAGGUAAACCACUCUUAUCUGAUCAGCAUUUUGGUCUUAAGUAUUUCGUUGAAAAGGUUUCUAAUGUAACUGAUGCGGAUAUUGACGCACUACAGAGUCAACUUGCUUGGGUUACUACGGACUUUGGCGAAGAGGUAGAUUUCUCUACUGCUCGGGGCCAGAACGUGUCUUACGCUUUGGGGACGGCCUUUAAGAACAUCAAAGAAUACGAGAUGCCUUCUGAUAAGGAUAUUGAGCAUUUCUCCAUUACUGAAGAUGGAUUUGAAGCCCAUUUAAUUCACAAACAAGAUAUUCGUUCUAAAGAGGCGUACCUUACUCUGUGCUUAGGAUGUAUUGAUAUUUACAAGAACAUAAGCGCUUACGUUUCUUUCAUUGGGUAUGCCGAGGCAUUUACAAGCAACUUCCUUCUUGCCCAUAAAGAAGACAUGCAGAUGUCUGGUGUAUCACUCAAACCUAUUGUUGAGGAUUUCGGUGCGGCUUUACUUACUUUUACUGGCAACCCACUCGCACUUGAGGAUCUGAUUAGAAUCUUCCUAAAAGAGUUCAACGAACAGAAAGAAGAACUGCUUAUUCAAACCAGUAAUAUGGCCAUGGCCAAAUACGAUGCCUUAAAGCACGAAAGUCCGAGUAACAGACUCUUUCUGGGUCUGAUUCGGAGUAAAAACCGUUACACAUAUCUAGAUGAAGAGGAGUGUAUUGAAGUAGCCCAUGAUCUAACCAUUAACGAGUUCUUCUCUAUCACUGAAGCAGAUAUUAAGCUUUAUGCCAUUGGCAAUCUUACUCAAUCCGAAUUCACUCGUAUUUGUCAGUUGAUCAAAGAUACUAUCAAACCCAAUACCCAAAAGAAGCUUGAUUUGGAAGGACCACUAUUGAACCACGUUGAUGUGGCCAUACAGGACCAGGAAAACAUUGCCCUCUUAAUAUCUCACGAAAUCACUAAGUUUACGCCAGUCAAAAACCUCGUGGUUGCUGAUUUGAUCGGUCAGGCUAUGUCCAGUAAGUUCAUCGAUGAAUUGCAGACCAAAAAAGGGCCUGGGUACGUGGCUCAGAUGAACUCCAGGACUUUGUUUUCGCAAAGCCAUCUGAACUGGUUAGUUCAAGCCAACAGUCCUUAUGAAAAGAUCCAGACCGAAAUACUCCAGUUCAUUGCUGGCCUGUCCGCAGCAUUCCAGCGCCUCUCCCCUGCAGAGUUUGACACGAUUAAGCAAGCAUUGAUUGCUACCUACCAACAAAAGGCCAGCAACGCACAAGAAUACAUCAACAUACAUCUUAACUUUUGGCGCUUCCAUGGUUUUGACCUCGGCCAUUGCGAUGAACUAGUCAAAAUAGUCACUACCAUAACCAAAGAUGAACUGGCUAACUAUUGUGCCACCGAAAUUGUCAAAAGCAUCACUGCUGUACUUGCUUCCAACAAAGUGACUACAACCUUAUGUCUUCCUUAA